AAUCAAUAAUGAUGACAAUCCCGGUUGCGUGAAGAAUGCGUGUACCUUGUGUCAGUGCUUUUUCCUUUAGAAUUGUCCAUCGAAGUUUAAACUUCCUAUCGUCGGUAUAAUUAUAAUAAGAAUAGCAAUUCCAGCUAAAAAUGGCAGAGGGUACGUAUGAAUAUGAAUGCAUGCGGGCGGAGCUGUUGGGAAUUGAUAAACCGAACCGUGAGGAAUUCGAAGAGAAGAUGAGACUCCAGAAGGAAACCGAGCAGGAGGAACAACUGACCGAACAAAUGAAGGAAGUGGAUUUGCAAGAUGAACAAAUGCAAGGAGCUGCCGGUAAAAUGGACGAGCUUAACAAUAUACUCUCAAUCACUCAGCAGCGUAUAAACAAAUUUAAGACCGCAUGUGGAAGUUUGACAAACCUGUUAAAGUUUCGACCCGGUACUCCAAGUGACGGUAAUUCCACAAAUGAUCCCACGAAUGGUUCCGAACCCAACACCAUAAACGCAGCAUUGGACACGCUUGAUACGAUGAAAGAUGUACAGAAUGCAAGUGACGUAACGGUUGCGAAGUCAGCAGCUACAGAUCUUGGACAAAAAAUGACCUGCCAGUUGGACAAACUUGAUUCACUGCUGAACAAAGCCGACAACGCCACGUAUUCGAUGAAACACCAAACAGAUCAGAUGAAGAAAAUGUCAAAGUAAAUCGUAAUGCAAGCUUCCACUAUGCCAACUUGAGCAAAUCUCUAUUCUUAACAAUGCAAAGUGCUUAUGUACAAUCUCUCUCUUUCAUGUAGGCUGUUUUGAUCGGAUAUUAUCAAAACUUGUGAAAGUCUGCUCAAUAUUCGCGCGUUAUUAUUUUGCUAAGGGCAGACAUUCUCAUAUAUCGAACCGAAAUGUAGUGCUUUUGUGAUAGCUUAGAACUCAAUUUUCUAUCAUACAUUGAAUCUAUAGUUUGUUUCUUGUGGUCUUCCAAGCUAUAUAACUGAUGACAUUCAUUUGAGCACAAUAAACCAAGUGGUACAAUGGAAUUUUAAGUAAACGUUGGAAAAGUGAUAAGAAAAAAAUCGAGUCAGUAUGUGAUAUUAGUUUGCACCACACGAGUAUUGGUAUUGUACCGCAAAUCAAAAGGAAGAUGGACGAAAUAUUCUCUUCAUCCAGUUUUAUGUAGUUUCUCAAUAGUAAUGCUAGAUGUUGAUGUUGUCGUUGUCUUAAGCUGCAUAUGAAAUAUUAUUAUACACAACAACGAAUAUAUGAAUAAUAAAAGUUAUACAUAUUGGAAAUAAAAUAUGCUCCUCUAAAA